GUACUGAGAAUGUCGUGAGCGUAGUAGUACUGCAUGUUGAAUUGACUAGAAAUGCAGGAAGAAUACGUGUAUUCUUGAAGGGAUCUACACGUGGGAGUUAAUCAACGUACUCAUUCAUUAAUGGCUAGGAGAAGGAAAUGGAGCCAACUUUAUACUCUCCCAGUUUUUCGUUCGUGACAGUUAAGGAGAGUCCUGUGAAAAAGAUACUACAGUGUGGUAAUUUGACUGGAAAUGCACGCAGAGUACGAGAUGCAGCUGCAGACUUCCACAACCUUAUACAAGAAUGGAACGUUCAACAUUUGCUUGGAGUACAAAUCCUUAACACUGUAAUGGCCAUGAAACUCCCUGUUCUGAUCGAGGUUGCUGCUGAAGGAAGUUCACAGAUCUAUCCAGAGGGACUUGAGGCACAGUGUGAACAGUUGGAUGAAGUGAUACAGGUCAUGAACAAAAUAGUGGGGCAGCUACAAACAGUUGCCCAACAGAUGCAUAGUGUGGAGAAACUUGAGAAACUUCAGAAUACCAAUAAAACACCUAUGUUUCUUACAUGGUCAUCAGACAGAUAUGGCAAAGUAAGUGAUGAGAUUUAUGAGGCCUACAGACUUGAACUUAUAGCAAAGAACAGAGUGAAGAAUAAUAUAGCGCACUGUUGCACUAAGGAAGCACUUAUGUAUCAUACAGCUACAUGGGUUCAUCAACCAUAUAUAGACUCAAACGUGGAUUUAUUGUUAGAGAGUAUUUUGCAUGAAACAGGGCACAGAUAGUAGUGUUAUCCGUGGUAUCUAGAAAUCUUAACAAUGAUUGAUUUUGGCAUCUUGUGUGAUAAAUUUAUACAAAAUAAAGCAAAUGUCCUAAA